UGAUGUAAAUAAUAUAAUGCUUAGUAAUCAAAAAUUAUGUUUGAAAAUAUUCUCGAUUUCCUUGCUCCAAAUUGGCGUGAUAAUCGAUUCGACAAUUCAUUUGUAAUUUUUGUUCGUACUGAUUUGUUAUAAUUUCUUUUGAAUCGAAUAAUGGCCGGGCGUUACUUCAUGGCCAGCACCCUCGCCCUAGCUCUGGUGGCAGGAAUCCAGGCGGGGGACAAGGGAAACAACUUGAUAAAAACUCUAGACAAACCAGUUCCCUGCACUUGCGGUGUAUUUCUGUCUGGACAGUUCAAGAAGGGUACCAAGCAGGAUCCAAAGGGGGUGCCCGUGCUUACCGAGGAGAUGGACAGGGCGUUCGAGAAUAACCCGGUGGGGGUGAGAAAGUGCACGAACAAGUGCUUGGAAACGAUAGUGACCCAUCUACCGAAGAGUGCAUCAAUCAUUUGCGCUAGUACCGACAGAGAGUUGGUCCACAAAGAGCGCGCAUAUUUGUUCAUCAAGAACCACAGUGACAAAUGGCAAGGUACCAAUCUGUCCGCAGGAAGAGAGUUCUGCUGCAAGGACAAUGAACCCUACAAGUGCCCUGUGUCAUAACACCAUAACAGUUUCCCGUUUACUUUAUAUGAAUAGAUUUUUUCCACUUUUAUAUGCAGUGAGAACAUUAAACGGACCUUUCAGAAGUUA